GUUCAGCUGGGCUCUUCAGUUUGACCUGUCGCCAUGAGGUGUUUAAAGCAGCCGGGACUGAUGGCUGUGGGUUAGGGGACAGCGGGUAGACAGUGCCUCACCCUUUGUUUUUGUUUUUGGGAGGUUUAGACCAAGAGCCUACCCUGAUGAAGGCCGGUUGGCUCCAGAAGACAGUUAGAUGGAUAGUGCGGUUGAUGUAUUUUCGGCGAAAGUGUCAAAGGAAGGUGACUCUGGUGAUGGUGGGAUUGGAUAAUGCAGGGAAGACUGCCACGGUGCGAGGAAUUCAGGGAGACAAUCCGCGGGACGUCGCUCCCACAGUGGGCUUUUCCAAAGUCGACCUGAAGCAGGGCAAGUUCGAAGUGACCAUCUUUGACCUGGGGGGCGGGAAAAGAAUCCGGGGAAUCUGGAAAAAUUACUACUCGGAAUCGCACGGUGUGGUGUUUGUGGUUGAUUCCAGCGAUGUCCAGCGGAUCCAGGAGACGCGGGAGACCAUGGCUGAGGUCCUUCAGCACCCACGCAUUGCUGGCAAGCCUGUGCUAGUACUUGCAAACAAACAAGACCAGGAGGGAGCACUGGCUGAAGCUGACAUCAUUGAGAACCUGUCCUUAGAGAAGCUUGUUAAUGAGAACAAGUGUCUCUGUCAGAUUGAACCAUGCUCGGCUGUUUUAGGCUAUGGGAAAAAGGUUGACAAGUCCAUCAAGAAGGGCCUGAACUGGCUCCUCAGCAACAUUGCCAAAGACUAUGAAGCCAUCACCGAGCGAGUGCAGAAGGACACGGCUGAGCAGCGCGCUCUGGAGGAGCAAGACAAGAAGGAGAGGGCAGAGAGAGUACGGCGGAUACGAGAGGAGAGAGAGCGGCAGGAGCGGGAGGAGGCAGAGCGAGAGGGAAGGCCCAUCCAAGAAGAUGAGCCCGAUGAUGAGUACAUUCAGAGCCCCUUCCAGCCAAUAGAGAGCGUGAUUUCUGAAAACGAGGAUAAAGAAAAGGAAAGGAGGAGGCAAAGAGAGCUGCAGGAGGGAAGGGGUAACAGCCCCAGGGCAGCCACUGAUCAAGAGGAAGAGGAGGAGGAGGAGGAGGAGCACGGGGACACGAGACAAACACCAGAAAACAACACUCCAGCCACGACAGGUGAGCAGAGCAAGAAGAAGACGAGCAAGCUGCACCUGAAGAGGAAGCACAGGGUGGACCCGCUGAGGAUAGAGGACGGACCGACGGAGAGCCUCACCCCUCCUCCGCCUCCAGUGGGAUGGGCCACGCCCAAAGUCUCUAGGCUGCCAAAGCUAGAGCCACUCGGGGACACGGGACAUUCUGAGAGCGGCGUGUAGACAACCAAGCAAAUAAAAGCUUGACUGCUGUGGAUGCCGGAGCCGGGGACCUCUGGAAGGGCGAUGGACACUAAACAGAGUGGCGACAGGAAGUCCUGCUCAGAAGCUGUAAUUUGACCUCACAAAUUCAUUGUGAAACCCGCCUGAACUGUGCAUCAGACUCUGUCUUCACAAACAAAAGCACAACUUGGUGUUGAACUCUCUCCAGCUCGUAGACUUUAUAUGCUUCUAUUAAUAUCAGUGUUAGUUCGGACUUUGGUGUCAAACUCCGAUGCUUUUAAUCGACAGCAAAUGUAAAUAUACCCUUUAAAUUUGUCUGAAUAAUUUAUUUGUAUACAUGCCACCAUUAAAAUAACCACAUCAUUUAUUUUUGCACUUCUAGGUUUUUAGUGUAAAACACCAUGUGGCUGAGGCAUCUGAGUAAUAAUUUAAAAAGAAAAAAAAAAGAAAAAGAAAAAAGGUAUCGGUCUUAAGUGGCUUAUUACAGCAGAGUGCUUUAAAUUUGACCUUUUGUGAAGUCGGAAACAUUUCCCCCUUUUUUUACAUUGCUGAUGUGUAAAGAGGGCGAGUCACAGCGGGCAAGUGGAUUUUGUGGAAGUCAUUUUUUUUAAGGACUGUUGACUUUUGAUGUAAAACAAAAAGAAAUGGAAAACACUAAUUUAAAAAAAUCUUUAAUUGGAUACAUUUAUAAAGGAACUUUUUAUCUACUGUUUUAAAACACGAACAUUUACAUGUCUACAGGGCUUUUAACACAUUCUGCUGUUUACACUGUGUGUCCAUUUUUUUUGUUUUUUAAAGUGAUAUUUCUGUCAAGACAGACUCGCUGCCUUUUCAGGUGGCCCUCGAGGUGUGAGCUGGUGCUGUUGGUGUCCCAGCUUUUGUGACGCGGCUGUCUGCUGCGCCCAUUUUUGCUUUGGAAAAAAAAAAACCCCCACUAAAAUUGCAUCUCGACGAGCAUAAACACAAAUCUGAAGCUUGGAACACUCCACUGCCCCAGUUAAGUUUGUUUUGUGUGCUGGAGGAGUUUGCAGUAGGGAUAAUAAGGGAAGAAGAACAUACUUCCACAGCAGCACCUGGAACAGCCAGUAUUGGGUCAGAACACAUGAGAAUAUGUGCACCAGAAGUAAUAACAGAAGUAUCACUUUAAAAAAAAACCCCUGCAAUGUUGUAUUUCAGAUCUGUAGUACGAUGCUCACUCUCUUUUAAUGUGCUAGAUGUUUUAAAAAAUAAAGAUAUUUUUUCUAUCCAGAUUGAAUUUUAUAAUGGCAAAAUAAAAGAUGUUUUAAAUAUAUUAC